AUGGCGUCACGAAAUAGCUCGACAGCGUCAGUCCCGCGCAAGGUGAUGACGUAUGGCAAACCUGUGCGCAAGCGCUUCAUGCGCGACGCGAUGCCAUUCAAACCCACCGAAUCGUUCACUGCUCUGAGCAGCCGCCCCGACUCUGCCGCAUCCAUCGCGAAGCCAUCAAAACCGUCGCUACCGAGAUCGACAUCUGAACCAACGCCAAAGCACGUUGUUGAGAAGCGACCCGAUGAACCCGCUCACGCGAAAGCCGGAGAUGAUCAGAAAUCAAGAUCACGCGAUGCGACCGACACGAGAAAGAGAAAGCGCCUGGAAGCUGUGCCUUCCGAACCAAUCGAAGAGGAAACAAAAUCUACUGCUCCAAAACAAAUGAAGCCUGCGACUACACUACCAAAGCGACCUGUAGCCGGUGCCUCUGAAAAUGAGACCAAAGCCAGCGCCCCUCCUCCACCAUCACUGGUUUCAAAGAAGAGCCCAAAAGGUUCGAAUGUUCGAUCUAGACCCCUCCCUCGAAGCAAGUCCGAUAUCCCAACCUCAAAACUCAGCUCAAGUGCGGCGCAAUCGACGGCCAAGGAUCACGAUGAUGAAUCACCGAGACCGAAGAAACGGCGACCGCGAUUGAUUGACAGGUUGGCGGCUCAGCGGGCAGAAAGCUCAGAGUCGGAAGACUCGGCUUCUGAAGAAGAGAAGCCCAAAUCACAGUUGGCCCCGAAUAGCGGUGCGACUCCCUCUCAACAAUCGCAAAGCAACUCCCAGAAUUAUUCUCAAGACUCUACGAUACGACCCCGAAAUCGCACUACGGUUGCACUCAAAAGCCGAAGAGUCAAGUACACGUACGGCCAAUCUCGAUCCAUCCUGACCGAGUCUUCCUCGAAGCUCAGUGAGCCCAGCCAGGAAAAGCCCAUGACUGUGGAAGAAGAGCUGGAUGCGCUUCUUGCUACGCCUGCAGAACCCGCCAACGCCGACCCAUUUGCCAUGGAUGACUCCGAUGAUGUCGACGGAGACGGAGGGACACGACCUGCUAUCAAGAGCGUUCAUGAACUACGGAGAGCUGGAGCCAACAAUCGCUUUGCCGAUGAGAUGGAGGAUCUGCUUGCUCGGAUAGGAACCCCUGGAAGCUCUUCAUCUUCAUUGAGGAGAGGGGCACUCCUGGAGCUUUCUCAGAAGCUACAAAACAAGGAAUUCAUCAGUCAAUUCCGAGAUCACGCAACUCGCGAUAAAGUCGCAGCAAACAUUGGUCAAGAACAGGAUAUCAUUUGCGGAUUCGCCUUGUCAGCCGUUCUCGUUUCGUUUCUCCAUUUCAGCCCUGCAGCCCACCUCUUGCAACAGCUUGUUGAUGAUGGACUGGGACAAAUGCUCUCUGUCCUUUUACGGGUGCCUGAAGACAUUGAUGAACUCGCGUCAGGCAAACUGAGGCUCGCAAAGACGACGAGAGCCUCUCUGAGUGAAGUCAAGACUACGCUCAAGAAAAUGAAUAUUUGGUAUGGCCGCCGCCCUGAGAAACUUUCGCCUCAAGUUCUUGCACUUCAACUGCUGAACGUUGUAUGCCAACGAAUCGAUGCGAUGCACUCAUCAGUAGUUGUCAAGGACGUGGAGAACGAUCUUGAGACUGUCCUAUCUCAUUGUACGAGUACAAACCCUAAAACCGAUGCAGCGACUGCUCUUAUCAUAUCAAUACUAGAGUCACAGUCAGGCCUGGCGAUGAACGAUGCCAAUGAAGUCACAUGGAUUGCGCAGCAAUCGCAUCAAGUGGCGCGUAUUCUCGAGAACAACCUCCAGCAAUGGCCAGAUAAGCCCGGAAACACCGAAGUAGCCAUUCUCAAGCUCUCGAUCAAUAUGUCCAACACGACACACGGCGCGGCGGCCUUUAGUGAUGUAAUCCUGUUGUCGAGUCUUUCGAAGUGCAUUCUCUCUGGAUUCAAAUCGGCCCUGGACGCUAUGAGCAACCGACGUCUGAAGGAGGAGACUUAUGAUGGGCUCCUUCUAGUGCUCGGUAUGACGAUCAAUAUACUAGAACACUGCGCUCCCGCGCGUGAGAACAUCACCGGGGCGCAACUGGAUGGCCUGGUGACAGUGUACUUACAGAACCAGGCCUUGAUGCUAGAGGCCGACUCUGUAGAGAAAUCGAAGCUGAGCGUGGCAUUUGGCUACCUUUCCGUCUUGCUGGGCUACUUGUCUCUGGAAGAUGCAGCCCGGAAACGACUGAAGGAGCAAGCGGGAAGCGAGGGACUCCCAGGUCUGAUUGGAUCGAUCAAGGAAUUCAUCGGAAUGUAUAGAUCAGUGGACAACAAGGUGACGGAGCUGGAAGGGCUCGUCAACGAAUUACAACGACUGCGACGACAAUAGUUGAUUAUAUACGCAUGGACAUGACUUGAGCUAGGGAAUGUUUUGGGACAAUGUUCUG